AUGUUGUUGUUUGUGCAGCCCCUCUCGUGUGAGGAGGGAAAGACAGCGCUCUCAUCAGCGGCUGACGCGGACGAGCUUCUCCAGCACAAGAGGGCGACUGACUAUGGAUGGCACUGCACCGAUGCCAUGACGACCUGCUCCCACCAUCACCUUGCAUCUUUCUGUCGCCAUGUCGCUAUGGGAACGUCCAAGAUGCUGCGCGUGUUCGUGGUCCUGGGCUCCCUCUUCAUGAUCCUCUUCAUCAUCAUUUACUGGGAUGAUGUGGGAGCGUCGUAUCUGUAUCUGCACACACACGUCUCCCCUGGACCCAAGACCCCAGCGCCGCCGCCACAGCCCAAGCCCAAACCCUCUCAGGCGCCCUCCUUUCUCUCAGACAUCGAUGCCUUUGUCAAUCAGUUUCUGGAGCCAGGAAGCGACGAGCCCACUGACCCCGCCCCUGCCGAUACGGGUAACCAAUCAGAAAAGACAGAGGAGCGCUACGUCCCGCGACAGGAGUGGAAGGUCCACUUGACCCCGAUCGCACCGGAGCUCCGGGAGAGACAGGAACAGAGACGCAGGAUGCUUCAGGAAAUUUGCACCAACGACAGCCUGACAUUUCCAGGCAAAAACCGUUCUUUUGAUGACAUUCCAAACCAAGAACUCAAUCACCUUAUUGUGGAUGACAGACACGGCAUUAUCUACUGCUAUGUCCCCAAGGUAGCCUGCAGUAACUGGAAGCGCAUCAUGAUCGUCCUCAGCGAGAGCCUUCUGCAUGAUGGGGUCCCGCAGAGAGACCCCCAGGCUGUUCCUGGGGACCUGGUCCACAACAGCACCAUGCACUUCACCUUCAAUCGCUUCUGGAAACGAUAUGGCAAGUUCGCCAAGCACCUCAUGAAGGUGAAGCUGAAAAAAUACACCAAGUUCCUCUUUGUGCGAGACCCAUUUGUGCGCCUCAUCUCCGCUUAUAGGAAUAAGUUUGAGAUGAGCAAUGAGCAGUUUUACCAGCGAUUUGGACAAGUCAUCUUGAGGCGCUUUGCCAACCAGCCCACCCCCCCGGCUCACGCGGACCAGGCCUUCUCUCAGGGCAUCCACCCCUCCUUCUCCCACUUUGUGCACUACCUGCUUGACCCACAGACUGAGAAGGACAUGCCCUUUAACGAGCACUGGAGACAGGUUUACCGCCUGUGCCACCCCUGCCAGAUCCAGUACGACUUUGUGGGCCACCUGGAGACAGCCGACGAAGACGCAGAGCACCUCCUGCGGCUGCUCAAAGUGGACAACGUGGUGGAGUUCCCCGUCACGCCCAGGAACGUCACCAAUAACAGCUGGGAGACGGACUGGUUCCGCACAGUGCCCCUAGAGGCCCGGAGAAAACUCUACAAGCUAUACGAGCCCGAUUUUAGGCUUUUCGGCUAUGACUGGCCGGAGUCCAUACUCAACGAGUGA